AUGACUUAUAAAAAUAGACAACAUCAAGAGUUAGAAAUGGAACUAUCACACCUUCCAGGGGAUUAUUUGAAACCUCUCAUAGCUUGUUUUGAUCUGCUAGCACGGUGUAACAUCGGCUUCUUUCAUGGUAAUUCAUCGUACUUUAAGAAAUAUUGGCGGUACUCUUAUAUCAUAUCGUGCGUGGUCGCUUACUACUCCUCCCUGACGGUGUAUGCCUUGAAGAUAUUUCUGGGGCAAAUGGAGUUGUUUGAACUGGCGUACGUUGUGCCGGUGUUUGUCGUUUGCACUCAAGCAAUACUAAAAGCAAUAAUAGUGAUCAUCCACAAGGGAGAGAUAAGGGCUCUGGUACUACAACUUGGAGAAACGUGGAGGACGGACAAUCUAACUACGAGGCAGUUGAACAAAAAGAAUUUACUGUUGAAGAAGUUAAACUUUUGCUACGGCGUGUUUCGCAUCGUCUACUCGUAUUUAGGCACAGAGUUUCUCUUGAUAUCAUUGUGUUCGCAUCUGAGCACCGAGUUUUGUUUAUUGAGGGAGGAUUUGCUCAACGUGAAACCAGUUGGAAAUGGAAGGUUCGGUAUAUUACCAGACAGUAGUAAUAUCGAACUCCAUGACAUUGUGGUGAAACAUCAAAAAUUGAUCAAGUUCUCGGAACAACUAAAUGAAAUAUUCAACAAAAUGAUAUUUGUCAACCUAUCUUCUGUCACUAUUACGGUUUGCUUCUUCGCAUUUGCUACUAAGGUUGCCCGAGGACCCGUGGACAUGGCCAAUAAUUUUAUGGCUGUAAUGGCACUAAUAUUACCAAUUUUCAAUUUGUGUUAUUACGCGGAAAUGCUGAUAAAUGCGAGUGCUGGAAUGGCAGAGUCAGCGUAUCACAGCCUCUGGUACGUGGCCAACAAACAGUACCAGAUGUCAAUAUGGUUCAUUAUACGGCGAUCUCAAAAGCCUUGUUGCCUCACGUCAUUGAAAUUCAGUCCAGUUGCCUUACACACGUUUACAGCGGUGUUAAGCACCACGUGGUCGUAUUUCUCUCUGGCUUCGAGUUUGUUCGAGAAUGAAAACUAAUAACACGUAAAAUGUAUUGAGUUAGACAAUUUAAUAUAUUUAUGAUACUAUACAUUUUGAAUAUUUGAGAGUUUACUCUUUCAAGAGUUAAAAAAAACACCAGAUCUUUUAACCGGAUUCCAGCCUUU